ACAGCAGCAGGAUACUUUUGUCCUUUUCACUUCUAUGUCCCCUUAGAGCCAGCCUGGCCAUGUGACCUGAGGAUCAGAUGACGCCUAUGUUAUCAGACCUACCAGUCAGGACCUGCCCACUGGCAAUGCAAUACAAAGCUGAGCCUCACUCAGUUGAACUUUGUUGCUCUGCGGGCAGCACGUCUCUCCAGCACCAUGGCUGUGCUCAUAUUCCUUCUGCAGUUCCUUGCAGCUGUCAUCUUUCUUCCUCUUCACAUCCUUAGUUAUCUUGGCCUCUGGGAUCCGUUUGUUAAGAAAUUGUUUCCUCACUUCCUUACCAGAUUCACAGAAUCGUACAACAAACUGAUGGAUGAUGAGAAAAGAAAACUCUUCAAAAACAUGUCAGACUUUUCAGGCCCCUCCAAAGAACUCAGGCUCUUAGAGCUUGGCUGUGGCACAGGUGCCAACUUCAAGCAUUACCCAAGUGGCUGCAAAGUGACCUGCCUGGAUAUCAACCCAAAUUUCCAGAACUUCCUGAGCGAAAGCCAAGCUAAAAAUGAGCAUCUUAUAUACGAGAGCUUCGUGGUAGCCUCUGCUGACAACAUGACAUCUGUGGCUGACAGCUCUAUGGAUGUGGUUGUGUGCACUUUGCUGGCUUGUUCUGUGCCUAACAUACCGGCUGUACUGAAGGAAGUCAAGAGGGUUCUUCGGAAGGGGGGAGCUUUCUACUUCAUAGAACAUGUGGCCGAUGUUGAUGAAUCCAGCUGGAUUUGUUUUUUUCAGAAAGUCCUUAAUUCCUCCUGGAAGCUGAUAUUUGAUGGAUGUAGCAUAAGAAGGACCACAUGGAAAGACCUGGAGAAUGCUAAAUUCUCAGAGAUGAACCUGCGUCACAUAAAUGCCCCCGUACCUAUGAAGCUUAUUAGGCCUCAUAUUAUUGGAUAUGCUGUGAAAUAAAUAUAUUUUGUAUUACUCUACAUGUAGUUGCCAUAUAUGAUUGUAUCCAUUUUUCAUCUUCUACAAUGAUUGUAUAUAUCAAAUGACCCUUUCACAGUAUUGUAAUCUGUGGUACCUACUGUAGUAUAAUAAAUAUCUGGUUAGAAAUGUCAAGUGCUAAUAACAGGACUCUUUUAUUUGUUAUUACAUGCAUACUUGU